GACUAAUCAAGUUUUAGUGGCAGUAUUAAUGUUCACAGGUUUUCUGAAUUAUGGAGCAUUUUAAAAGGCUGUCAAUUGUACUUGUGUUUUUGAUAUUAAUGACUCUGGGCUCAUCUGGGAUGAUUCAACCAUCCCAAAAUACUCCACAUCAAUAUUUGGAACAAGUUUCUCAGAAGAAGUGCCCCCCAGGUGAAUACUGGGAUAAGUCAGAUCCACGCAAAAACCAGACAAGAUGUGUCCCUUGCAAGCCUGGAACAUAUACGGGAGAGGAGAAUUCUCUGUCCAAAUGUCUGAAAUGUUUUGGGCCCUGCAGAGGUUACAGUGUUGAAACAGUUGCGUGCAACAAGACCACAAACCGAAAAUGUGAAUGCCCUUUCCAAUAUUACUGUGCUACAGAAGAUGUAACCAAAUGUGAACACUGCGUGAAAUGUGAUAGCGGAAAUGGACCUUCCAAAGGUAAUGAGAUUCACUACAGAGAGGCAUGCCAGACUUGUUCUUCAGGAUCAUUCCGGAAUACCACGCAUAUGCACAAAUGCCAGCCUCACACUAAUUGCACAGCUUUGGGGAUGAUCCUUCGUUAUAAAGGCAACAGCACUUCUGACAAUCUCUGUGUAUCUAAGACAAAUAAUUUGCUGCCAAAAAUCUCUAAAAAGCUAACAAAUUCCGUUAACUUGUACAUGGUAUUGAUAAUGGUGGUGAUGACCAUUCUUUGUGUCCUUGUAAUACUGAAAUCAGCACACUGCAAUACAUCUAACAUACGAGAAAUUGGAAUGCUGGUCAAACUGAGGUUUAUAUGCAUCUGUGACACGGAAGGUACUCAUGGUAAAUGUGAUGACAACGAAGAAGAAAUUAAACUAAAAACUGUGCCAGAGACCAGCAGAGCUGUGGAUGGGAGUAUUACUGAAACAAAACCCAGGACACUGAUGGCAAUGAUGAGCACCAAUGAAACUGAAGCUCCAACAAUGGAAUAUAGAUCCAACAUCUUGGACAUUGAGACCAUGACAGGAAUUGGCAGUACAGAAGACAACAUCCCAUUCCCCGUACAGGAAAAUGGAAGAAAUUCAAACACGUAUUAUCCCAUUGAGGAACAGAACCAAAAACAAUACUACCAGCCUGUAAUGACAGAGGCCAGAUCUGGGAUACAAGCAAGUUCAUAUGUACACGAUGGCACGUAUUGGCUGGAUUGAACUUCUGUUUGACACCAGCCUCUGGCUACAGAAACUACUGGAGUUUGAUGCCUAAUUUCAAUUGAAGCCAGGUGGAUAUCUGCAUUGAGUUAUUGACCUGGUGGACCUCUUAGCCAUUAGAAACUGAUUUUUUUCAUGCAGCUGAAAUGAGUCCAUCGACUGUCAGAAACGGGAGCUCAAUUAUUAUAAGCAACUGAUUAAUGACAGCAUGGGUCAUACCUCAGAAUUUUUGCGUCUACACCCUCUCACACCUCCAGUAAAUUAUCCCUUCAAAAUAUGAGCCAAAAUCUUUAUCCCAAGAAGGAAGGCUUAAAGGAUGAAAUAUCCUUUAACUGAGUGCUUAUAAGCUUUGAAAUUAAAUCUCAAGCCUGCUUAUUUCAAGUUUUAUUAAAGUAAAUCUCAGCACUUUGUGGGGAAUAGCUGUUAAGAUGACUGUAAUUAAACAGAUGGAAUAUCCUUUCUCUGAAGAAUUGGGGUUUUAACGAAGAAAAAUAUUAGCUUUAUUUGUCAGAUGCACAUCGAAACAUCCAGUGAAAGAUGUCUCUGUGUCCACAACCAACACGGCCCAAGGAUAGGGUGGGGGCAGCCUGCAAGUGUCGUUAUGCCUCCAGCACCAACAUAGCAUGCCAACAACUUAUGAAUAAUAAUUCAUAUAUCUUUGGAAUGUGCGAGGAAACCAGAGAACCCAGCAGAAACUAUGCAGUCACGGGGAGAAUGUACAAACUCCUUACAGACAGUGGUGGAGAUUGAAUCCGUGUCAUUGGCACUGUAAAGCAUUGUGCUAACGGUUAUGUUAUGGUGCUGUCCUUAAAACGUAUAAUGUAGAAAAUAAAAACAAAAUUCCUCCCAUUUUACUUGUCAAGCCUCUUCCCCCAUGAGCAUAAGAAGCUAGCUGGAACCGUGUCCUUACCGACUUUGGAAUCGUACUCUCAAGACCUCUGUGCUGGUAAAUCCCUCUGGCUUGGCAUAAGAUCAUAGACAUAGGAACAGAAUUAGGCCAUAUGACCCAAUGAGUCUGCUCCACUAUUCCAUUAUGGGUGAUUUAUUAUCCUUCUCAACUCUAUUUUCCUGCCUUCUCAUAACCUUAGACACCCUUCUUGUACAGUGGUAGAGGUACGCAGAGUCAUUAAAUGAUAUAUCAAAGUGAAAAGAUUUGCUGAUGGCUUUCUGGUUCUCGUUGAGAGAGAAGCAGGGAGCUCCUCCAGCGUCUUCAGGACUCAUCUGUAAGCCAACCUACACCUCCAGAGGUUCAGUCUUUCACUAGAUGUUUGAUAGAGACAUCUUUGUGCCCUAUCAGUUGGUACCAUUUGAAGUGCAAGGGAACUCACCGUGAUUUUCUGGCCAAUACCUAUCACGUAGUUCAUAUCAGUAACAGUGAUCCAUGCCUUGUUUCUCUUUGUGGGAACUCAUUGUGCACAACUAGGCCAUUGAUCCACAAUCAGGUUUAUUAUCACUGACAUAUAUUGUGAAAUUUGUUGCUUUGCAGCAGCAGUAAAGUGCAACACAUAAUAAAAAUUACUGUAAGUUACAAUAAGAAACAAAGAUAAAUAGUGCAAAAAGAGAGCAAAAUACUGAGAUACUGUUCAUGGACUGUUCAGCAAUCUCAGAAACUGUUCCUAAAACGUUGAGAGUGUGUCUUCAGGCUCCUAGACUUCUUCCCUGAUGGUGAUAAUGUGAAGAGGGUAUGUCCUGGAUGGAGAGAGAGCCCUUAAUGAUGGAUGCCACCUUUUUCAGUCAUCACCUUUUGAAGGUGUCCUUGAUGCUGCGGAGGCCAGCCAACUGAGCUUACAACUCUCUGCAACUUAGUCCAGUGAAAAGUCUCGGCCCAAAACAUCGGCUGUUUAUCCAUUUCUGUAGAUGCUGCCUCACCCGCUGAGUUCCUCCAGCAUCUAGUGUGUGUCACUCUGGAUUUCCAGCUUCUGUUUAUCACUCCAUACCAGACAGUGAGACAGCCAGUCAGAAUGCUCUCCAUUUGUAGAAAUUUGCUGGAGUAUAUUCUUCUCUAUUAGAAGUUCUAUUUGGUUAUAAAAUCAGUGGGUCAUAUUGAGGUUAUGGAAGAUGGAGGUACUUAACGUUCAUCCUUGUGUGGUCUGGAUUACU